UCGAACAUUUGUUUACAUUGGUGAAUUUUUUUUCCAUAGCGUACACAGGAUUUAUACAUUUUCCAGACAGAAAAAGCAUUAUUUUUUGUUUUUCCUUCUCGUGACGAGUCGCCUCAUUAUCGGGGUUUCAUGUAUCGUGAAGUCCACAGUCUCCAGCUCUGAUUUUCAUUUUUUUUUCAUCUCUAUUUUUUCCGUCCCUAUUCUCCAAACGGUAAUAUGCAGAAUGCAAUAAAAAGUAGGCAGUUCGUCAAAGAAGGGCCUACGAAGAACGUGAGCAUCAACGUGAACUAUGAUAAGUUGGAACAGAUUGGUGAAGGGACGUAUGGAGUCGUGUAUAAAGCAUUGGAUAAACAGACGGGAAAGUUUGUAGCUUUAAAAAAAGUCAGGAUGGAAUCAAGUGCAGAAGGUGUACCUUCUACUGCGAUGAGAGAGAUUUCAUUAUUAAAAGAAAUGAAUCAUGAAAAUGUUGUCAAACUUCAUGAUGUUAUUAUGUCAGAUAAGAAAUUAUUUUUAGUAUUUGAAUUUAUGGAUCAAGAUUUAAAAAAAGUAUUAGAAUUACGCAGAAAAGAAUAUGGAUUUGGAUUAGCUGAACACCAAAUUAAGAGUUAUUUGUAUCAAAUACUGAAUGCCUUAGCUUAUUGUCAUAUUCAUCGAAUUGUUCAUCGAGAUCUUAAACCUCAAAAUCUUUUAGUGAACAAUACUGGUAAAAUCAAGUUGGCAGACUUUGGUUUAGCUAGAGCUUUUUCUUUUCCCUUGCGUAAUUAUACACAUGAAGUUAUCACUUUAUGGUAUAGGGCUCCUGAAAUAUUGCUUGGAGCUAAAGUUUAUACUAUGGCUGUAGAUCUUUGGAGUCUUGGAUGUAUAUUCACCGAAAUGAUCACAUUGAGACCAUUAUUUCCUGGUGAUUCAGAAAUCGAUCAAUUAUUUAGAAUCUUUCGUACUCUUGGAACUCCAACUGAUGCAACAUGGCCUGGAGUACAUAAAUUACCAGAUUUCAAACCAUUGUUUCCGUUAUGGGAAGCACGACAUAUAAAUGAUUUCUUACCAGAACUUACAGAUAAAAAUCAACAAAAUGUUUUUUAUGCAUUAUGUACUUAUAAUCCGGCAAACAGAAUGUCCGCUGACAAAAUAAUGGAAAUGGAGUAUUUUCAUAAUUUAAGACUGACAUUACUUCCAGAAACACCUUAAAUAAUUAAUAUCAAUAAUAAUGUUUUCUUUUUUAUAGUGAGUUAUGAAUAUAUGGCUAUUUUGGAAUGUUUAAGACAUUUAAAUUGUACCUAAAUUAAAUUUUGAAUUUUAAAGUGUAAAUAAUUAGUAAAAUACCAUUGACUACAAGUUAAAGUAGUUAAUGCUAUGACUUGGCUUUGGACCAAAAACAUAUGUAUAAAAAAUAAUCGACAAGAGUUCAAACCUGUAAUAAUAUUGAUGUUUUCAA